CAUCACGUACCAACGUUUUCGCUGCGUCCUACAAUUUAGUAGGCUACGUCGUGUUCGCGUGUAAUGUUCGAGAAUAGUGCGUUUGAGAAGAAAGGCGGUGGAUUUUUUUGGAGGAUUGUUUGAUUUCAUUCUCUCCUUUUUUACACAUCUUCCCAAAACAGUGUAUCUUGUUUCAACAAAAAAGAGGUCUGUGUUUUUAAACCGAAACACCGAGUGAUCAAACUUGUGGAGCAGUGACAGCACGACUGCUUACUUUAUAAAUAUGUGGACAUCAGCAAGAGUCUAAUCGCUUGGAUUUGGGAGAACUGUCGUUGUCUGGAAUUUCGCUCUUGCGAGACGAUUUAGAAACUCAUUCGCAAGUUUAGAUGGUUUACCAGCGAUGAGCCGUCCGUCCUCUACCGGACCCAGUGCGAGUAAGAUCUGCAUCAAACAGCAGCACGCCCCUUCAGCGACGGCUCAAGCAUCUGUCUCCGUGCGACCAAACGCCAGCCUCGCCACUGUCCUACCUGGAGCUGUGUCUCCACAGCACCACGAGCUCACCUCUCUGUUCGAGUGCCCGGUGUGUUUUGACUAUGUCCUUCCCCCGAUCCUGCAGUGCCAGGCUGGGCACCUGGUCUGCAAUCAAUGCAGGCAGAAACUGACCUGCUGCCCGACUUGCAGGGGAUCGCUCGCCCCUAGCAUCCGUAACCUGGCUAUGGAGAAGGUGGCAUCCGCCGUCCUCUUCCCCUGCAAGUACUCCUCCACGGGCUGCAUCCUCGCCCUGCACCACAGCGAGAAGCCGGAGCACGAGGAGCACUGCGAGUUUCGGCCCUACUCCUGCCCCUGCCCCGGGGCGUCCUGCAAGUGGCAGGGCUCGCUGGAGGCCGUCAUGCCCCACCUGGUGCACCAGCACAAGUCCAUCACCACGCUGCAGGGCGAGGACAUCGUCUUCCUGGCCACGGACAUCGACCUGCCGGGGGCGGUGGACUGGGUGAUGAUGCAGUCCUGCUUCGGCUUCCACUUCAUGCUGGUGCUGGAGAAGCAGGAGAAGUACGAGGGCCACCAGCAGUUCUUCGCCAUCGUGCUGCUCAUCGGCACGCGCAAGCAGGCCCAGAACUUCGCCUACCGCCUGGAGCUCAACGGCCACCGGCGGCGGCUCACCUGGGAGGCCACGCCCCGCUCCAUCCACGAGGGCGUGGCCACGGCCAUCAUGAACAGCGACUGCCUGGUGUUCGACGCCGCCAUUGCCCACCUUUUCGCAGAGAACGGAAACUUGGGCAUCAACGUCACCAUAUCCACCUGCUGCGCGUAACGGCUGUGUCUGCACAUGGGAGUGAGGGCACAGGAAUCUAUUUUGUCACAGGUUUUGAUCCACAUCACUCUGAACUUGUUCGAAAAAUGUUUUCUAUUGCGAGUCAUCAAUGAAUGUUUGACCUCAGUCGGAAGACUCGACUAUGUUAUUAUUGUUACAGCAAUGAAAAAUAUUGCAUUUGUCAUAACUUUUUAAUGUGUAUAUUUAAAAUAAGCAAUUGCUUCUCUGCAGUAAGCAUAGUCUGUUUUUUAAUAAACCACUUUACUGGAUACAACCUCUUGCUUGUAUCUUAUAGCAAUGCUCAAUUUCUCUUUUUAUUAAAGAAAGCAAUUAAACACCUUUAUAAGGCACCCUUUACCUCACCUAUUUGCAUCUGCUGAGUAUUAAAUAUUAAUUUAAUAGCAAGCUCCUUAUGUUAUGACAUCAACUUUACAUUCCAAGAUAUUUUGCCUGCCACUAAGCACCUCUAUAGUCCCUCAAUGUCUAACAAACAUUUUCAGCUUUAAUAUGUAAAUACAUUUAAGCCAACUAGCAUCACCUGUUAAAUUGUGUCUUGUUACUGAGGGAAUAAUCAUUUGGUUAAAGCAUUAAAGUCAAUGAAAAACCUUC